AUGAACCAGCUGCCCGCCAACUACACAUUUGAGCUGCCGAAGACGAUAUGGAAAAUCCGGCAUUUGGGCGCGAAAAACGUGGCCCUGCAGUUCCCGGAAGGGCUGCUGAUGUACGCGUGUCUGAUCGCCGACAUUCUGGAGAAGCACACCGGUUGCGAGACGGUCAUCAUGGGCGACGUCACCUACGGCGCAUGCUGCGUCGACGAUUUCACCGCCAAGGCUUUAGGCUGUGAUCUGCUCGUCCACUAUGGGCACAGCUGCCUCGUCCCAAUCCAGAAUACUGAGGGCAUCGCCAUGCUCUACAUUUUUGUCAACAUCGAGAUCAACCUCUCGCAUUUUGUCGAUUGUCUUAAGGCCAACUUUGAGCCGUUGCAACGGAUAGCGAUCGUCAGCACGAUCCAGUUCAUCCCGUCGUUGCAGGCCGUUCGACAGCUGCUCAUCAAUGACGGGUACACGAUUGUGAUGCCGCAGUGCAAGCCGUUGAGUCCGGGCGAGAUCCUCGGCUGCACGUCGCCGCGGCUUGGCGAUGAUGUGGACCGGCUAAUUUACCUCGGCGACGGGCGCUUCCACCUCGAGUCGAUCAUGAUCCACAACCCGAAAAUCGCCGCCUUUCAAUACGACCCUUACUCCAGGAAGUUGACGAGGGAGCACUACGACCACUCAACGAUGCGCAAUAACCGCGGAGCGGCCGUGCGGAUAGCCCGGGAAUGCACGCGGUUUGGCGUCGUUUUGGGGGCGCUCGGGAGGCAGGGAAACACCAAAGUGCUGCAGGAGCUCGUCGACAAGCUGAAGAGCAAGGGCAAGGAGGUGACCGUCGUCGUUCUGUCGGAGAUCUUCCCGGCAAAACUCGCGCUGUUCGACGAGAUUGAGUGUUGGGUGCAAAUCGCGUGCCCUCGACUGUCGAUUGAUUGGGGAACGUUCUUCACCCGCCCGCUGCUCACCCCCUACGAGCUGAACGUGGCGCUGGAUUCGCUCGAAUUUCCGGAUGGCUACUAUCCAAUGGAUUUCUACGCCUACGAGUCCAAGGGUCCAUGGACGCCAAACCACGAAUCACACCGGCCGCAGCGCGUUCGCCGUCGGGCCCCGAUCGUCGUCGGUCAGUCGGCCAGC